CUCCCAAGAUCUGGCGAGUCCUAGCAGGGGAGAGAGGGCAGAGGGGAAAUGAGAUGCAUUAGGAGGACACUGAGCCACUUUCUUUCUGAGCACAAUGGGAGUGCUUCCCAAGAAACUUCCCCUUUGCUCCCCUCCGCUCUAGCCCUGAGCAAUGGGACACCUUCCCUACAGGAGCAAUAACUUAUUCGGGAGGAAAAUAGCCCAGGAAGCGGGAACCAACAUCAGCCAAACGGCGGGCAGGAAAGCGACACAACCGGGACUGCAGCACGGCUCCACACUGACAAAUUCCUCUGGAUGUAAUUAGGAAGACACCCCGGCUAGCAGCGGAGGCUAAAGCCCUGUGUGGUUGAGGGUCGUCCCCCGGCUCCCAUCUUACCCCCACCACCCCGAUGGCAAACGUACAACCCCUGCGUCUCCCCUUCUCGCCAGCCUGAUGUCCGGAGCGAGAUCCCGCUGAAAGGAGAUUUCAGUGCGGGAAGCCGUGGUCCUCUGGCCCCGAGCACCACUGCAGUGGCGGGUGGCGGGGGCACAGGCGAAGAGAAGAGAGGACAGAAGAAGAGAGAAGCGGAGCGGAGGGACGAGCCAAGGCAGCGCCGGACCGGAGCCGCCGGUCGCUCCGCAGGCGCCCGCGGAGCGCCGAGCGCCGCCGCUGUCCAGGGUACUGACCGCGCACUGCCGCUGUCCAGGGUGCUGACCGCGGAGCGCCGCCAGCCGCUUCCCUGCCCAGCCUGCCUCGGGAGGGGCAACUCGCUUCCCCUACCAAAUCUCCCCAAGUGCCGGAUUACUUUAUUGGCCAACCCCACCGGCCCACCCCUCACGGAGUACAAAAAAACAACCAACACCAAACCCAAACAACAACCCAAAGCAACAACAGCGAGAGCUGGAAAAAUGUGCAACGUCAACGCACUCGGAGUCUACGUGUGGGAGACGAUCGUUUUCUUCAGCCUGGCAGCCUCCAAAGAAGCCGAAGCAGCUGCACGGUCUGCACCCAAACCAAUGUCUCCUUCUGAUUUCUUGGACAAGCUGAUGGGGAGAACUUCAGGAUAUGAUGCCAGGAUCAGACCAAAUUUUAAAGGCCCACCAGUGAAUGUCAGCUGCAACAUUUUCAUCAACAGCUUUGGUUCGAUUGCAGAAACGACUAUGGACUACAGGGUGAACAUCUUCCUGAGACAGCAGUGGAAUGACCCACGGCUGGCCUACAACGAGUACCCUGAUGACUCCUUGGACCUGGACCCCUCUAUGCUGGACUCCAUCUGGAAGCCUGACUUGUUCUUUGCUAAUGAGAAGGGGGCCCAUUUCCAUGAGAUUACCACAGACAACAAGCUCCUGAGGAUCUCCAGAAAUGGCAAUGUCCUCUACAGCAUCAGGAUCACGCUGACUCUGGCUUGUCCCAUGGACCUGAAGAACUUCCCCAUGGAUGUACAGACGUGCAUCAUGCAGUUAGAAAGCUUUGGCUACACAAUGAAUGACCUCAUCUUUGAGUGGCAAGAGAAAGGAGCUGUGCAAGUUGCUGAUGGGCUGACACUGCCUCAGUUUAUCCUCAAAGAAGAAAAAGACCUGAGAUACUGCACAAAACACUACAACACAGGCAAGUUCACCUGCAUAGAAGCUCGUUUCCACCUGGAGAGGCAGAUGGGCUAUUACUUGAUCCAAAUGUACAUCCCCAGCCUCCUUAUUGUCAUUCUGUCCUGGAUCUCCUUCUGGAUCAACAUGGAUGCUGCACCUGCUCGCGUUGGCCUGGGGAUCACCACAGUGCUCACUAUGACCACGCAGAGCUCUGGCUCCCGAGCAUCGCUGCCCAAGGUGUCCUAUGUGAAGGCCAUAGACAUCUGGAUGGCUGUGUGCUUGCUGUUUGUGUUCUCUGCGCUUCUAGAGUAUGCUGCCGUCAACUUCGUGUCUCGGCAGCACAAAGAGCUGCUCAGGUUCAGAAGGAAGAGGAGGCACCAUAAGAGCCCCAUGCUGAAUCUGUUCCAGGAGGACGACGCCGGCGAAGGCAGGUUCAACUUCACCGCCUACGGGAUGGGGCCGGCCUGCCUGCAAGCCAAGGACGGCCUCUCCGUCAAGGGAGCCAACAACAACAACACGGCCAACCCGGUCCCCCCGCCCUCCCGCUCCCCCGAGGAGAUGCGGAAGCUCUUCAUCCAGCGGGCCAAGAAGAUCGACAAGAUCUCCCGCAUCGGCUUCCCCAUGGCUUUCCUCAUCUUCAACAUUUUCUACUGGAUCAUCUACAAGAUCGUCCGCAGAGAGGACGUGCACAACCAGUGAGGGGAAAAAAAAGAGGGGAGCAAGCCGGGAGGGAGCGGAGCAGCCCUUUAUC